CAAAGCAUACUGAAGGACCUUUUAGUUGCAAAAUAUGCAAUAAAACAUUCAAAAUAAAGUGUCAUAUAAAAGAGCAUGAAAUGAUUCACACUGUAGAACUUCCUUACAGUUGUGAAAUAUGUCAUAAAGCAUUCAAAAUAAAGCAGAAUUUAAAACAACAUAAAGCAAUUCACACUGGAGAAAGACCCCAUAAGUGCAAUAUAUGCAAUGAAACAUUCACAACAAAAAGAUCAUUAAGACUACAUGAGAUUUAUCACACCGGAGUGCGUCCUUAUAGUUGUGAAAUAUGCAAUAAAACAUUCACAGCGAAAACAUCAUUAAGUCGACAUAAAAUGAUUCACACUGGGGAACGUCCUUAUAGUUGUGGAAUUUGCAAUAAAGCAUUUCCAAUAAUAGAUGCAUUAAGACAACAUGUAAAAGGAGUGCAUUGUGGAAUACGUCCUGUGAGAAAACGUUUAAAAAAAGGUUUGCAUUUGCCGGAAACUAUCCAACCUUAAAAUCCUUUUCUUGUGAUUCGCCUAGCUGAUCACCCAAACUUGAUCGCCAGAAAACUUCAAAACAACUCUACCAGGGCCCGAUUAAAAAGACAAUUUCUUCUUUUAUCUAUGGUCCGAACUAAAA